AUGAUGGACUUAGGGCCUGAAGUGAAUGGGCGCCUGUCAACACUGUUGUGGAAAAUGGAAAAGCUUCUUGAAAAUCAGGAAAAAGUUCUGAAAAAUCAGGAAAAGCUUUUAAAGUUCAUGGAACAACAGCAAGCUCUACAAUCAUCAGCAACACUUGUGUCCAGAGAAAGAAGGUUGGUAAAUGGUGUGAGAGGCAGAGAUCUUGAACAUUCUAGCACAGGUGAACUGAGAAUUCCAUCAAAUCUUCUAGAAUCUAUUGGACAUUUUACUAGUGAAUCAGUUAGUGGUGUGCAUCAUUCAACUGUAUCUGGACCUAGUCGCAGUUGCAAAUUAACAAAAGCUGCCGUAAAGAAACUGGCUGGCUGUUCUACGAACCCAGUGGAGACUAGUGACUCUUCACAGGAUCCUUCAGUGUCUAUUCAUGAUUCUGUGAAUGUUGUAAGUGAAGUGUCAGUGCCUCUGAAAUACAAUGUACCAGUGUUUGUCUCUCCUGCUGAAACUGAACUUGAUUCAGGUGCUGUCAACUGCAAUGACAGUAGUAACAUGACAGAGGAUCACAGUGAAAGCGCAAACGGUGUUGAUCGGGUGAAAGACCUGUUAUCCUGGGCAGAGAAAAUUCAGAAAACAAGUUGUUCCAUAGGGAAUUUCAGUGUGAACCUUUUGAAGGCGUUGUUCACAAAGGAAGAAAUGUUUAAUAGAAAUUGUUCUGGUACUAGAGGAAAAGGAGCCCUGGACAGUGGAAAGCUUGAUAUUAUAAAGUUUUGUGCUUUUAAACUUUACUCUAUACCUGAUGCUGAGCAGGAGUCAGUUUGGAAGCAAAAGUGUGUUAUUUCUAUUGACGAAUUUCUAAGAAGAGGUAACAGAUCCAGAGCUCAGAAUAGAAUAGAGCAAAAAGAUGCUCCUGUUUUAGCUCCCCUAGAUUCAUCAAUUAUUGUUGAGAUUACAACCCAAGAUGUUAAAGAAAAUAAGAGUGAUAGCAGUGAACUAUCUUAGAACUGAAGGAACUUACUUUGUUUGAAAAACACUUUUCUCACAUUCUAUUAAGUAAAGGCAGUUUUACAAAUUUUGAACUAUAUUAGGAUUUAUAAUCACCUGUAGCAAGAUUAACCAUUACAUGUAGUUAAGUUUUGAUGCUGAGUUUUAUUCUCUUGGAAUCCACAAGACUUUUCUUAAGUAUCUUAAUAAUAUUGCAAGUUUUGUACAUAUAGAGAAAUAUGACAAGGUAAACAAGGCUUCUUGUCCACCUUCUUAGAACCGUGAUUAUUUUGCAUAUAGAAAGCACAGGUUGAUGAAAAAAAACACAUUAUUUUUGGCCCAGAUUAAAGGAGUUACGUCACAAUUGUUUAGCAUUGCUUGAAAACCCUAAAAACGCGUUGGAAUAAAAUAAAACCCCAAAAUAAUGGUCCACGUUUUACUUAAAAUCAUUCUGCAAUUUUACCUCAACUAUAAGACAAGUUUAUGAUGUAGGCUUUCGAUGGCCAGGGUGGAAAUGGAUUGCAGCUUGAAAAAAAACUGGGUUAACUUUUUCAAGGAUGAAAAAAUAUGGAACACACCAUGGCAUAGCCCCUUUCAAGACACAGGACAUUCACAAAGGUAUCCUUAGCUAAAAUAUGCUUUACAUAUUGUUUCUUAACAAUGGACCAUUGUUUGACACAAUACUUGAGAGACACGUAAGAUGGCUUUGUGAGUCUGGCCAAGACCAAAAGGGGCUGUGUCAUGCUCCAUGUCUUUGCAUCAAUUGAAGUCCAAAAAUAGUGGUCCUAGAUCACAUUUAGGCUUUGACACCGAUUCCUGUUGUCUGUUGCCACAGAUGGCAAGGGUGGACUUGGAUUGAAACCUGAAAAAAUAUGGCCAACGUUUUUUGAGUUUUAAUGCUAUGCCUGCAAAAAUCACCAGAACAUUAUUACGGUUAGUGCUCCCUGAUGAAAUUUGUUUGGUGUCUUCUCGGCAUACAGCUGUAACUCUACAGGAUCAUAUGAUUUGUAUAUGGGUAAAGGAAUUACUUUAUGACUUAAGCACAGAAUUGACCUAAAACAGCAAUAUCCUUGUGACAUAACCCCUUUAAUUCAAAGAGCCAUUUCAGAGCACAAGAAUCUCUGUAUGAGUUGUUCAAAUACACAGUCUCCAGUAGGAUACACGAGUCUCAUCAUCCCAACCAAAUUAAUGUUUAGGAAGGCUUUCUGAAUCUGGCCCUUGGUUACAAUCGAAAAUCAAAGAAAUCCCUAGAAAAAGACAGCAAAUAAAGUCCUAACUUUUUUGUGUAAAGUAGGGUGAAUAGAUACUGUAGCUGGUGCAUUUUUCCUUUAAACAGUGUUACGUAGACAUGAAGCCUUUGUGAUUAUUGCAAUGUCUAUAGCUUGUACUGUGUACACCGAAAAGAUCAGAGAGGCUCUUUUUAAUGCUUUGCAUUAGUGGCCAUAUUUUGUGAAGCACUUGUUGUAAAAGUGUAUCUCGACUUUAGUUUGCAGUUUGCACUUGCACAUCUGUGCAGCAAACAACCCUCUAAAAAAAAGAAAUUAACAUGUUUGUUGACAAUAAGCAGAUACAUCUACUUCUAUAGAUAAUUGACUUACAUAAUAAUAAUCAAGAAUAAUGUUGAAAAAUGGAUAAAUGUUGGUAGUUGUAUAGCAUUUCUUGUGGAGUUGUAGAUCCACAUGUGUCAUAUUCUUUCCUGUAAUUAUGUUCACAUCUUGUGCAUGCUUUAUCUGUAUAGAAGUCACCUUGAUCAAGUCUGUUUUAGGAUUUUUUUUUGUAAACAAUUGUUCAUUUUAUUUAUUUUAUUUUUUAGCGCAGGAUAUUAUCAUUGUAGGCUAUUGUAGCACCGUACAUGUACUUGAAAGACUUGUUUUGGUAAUUUUUAUGGACAUGCUAAAUUCCUAUAUCACUGUGCAUCCAUUUUUAGUUAAUAAAGGGUGGACAAGUUUAUUUUUUGGUAUUUGGACUGCACUGGAUAUUUAACUGGAAGUUUUUAAAGAAACUUCUAUCAUAUAUUUUAACUGUUGAUAAAUGUCCUAAAGUGUGGAUGGCAAGGACACCAAAGGAAAUCCUUGUAACUUUUUAUACAUUAAAUAUUGAAUCUGGCCUGGCCAAAUUAGCAAAAGCAGGGUACCAUCUAUGUGGUAUCAAGUUAACCAAAAAGCAUGACAAACAAAGAAAAAGUUUUUUCAAUCCUAUUCUUUUGCUUUUUAUUUAUUUAUUUUUACACAUGCUUGGUCUCAAUUCUUGGCAGAUAAACCAUGUACCCAUAGCAUUUUUGUUCACUGGUACACUGUAUAUACCAGUGUAAUGUCUUGGCUCUUGUUUUAGUUUGGAAAGUCUGUAAGAAUAGAGACAUCCUAGUUUAAAGGUUAUGCAAGACCACUUGCCUUGAAUUCUUUUUAGAGUAUUUCAGAGUAUUUUUCAUCAGACCUAAAUAAUAAUUAGCAAAACACCCAAAAGUCAUCUAAUGCAAAAAAUACCACCAGCAGUGACUUUCACUGUCCUUAGGAGUAUGGGUAAAGUAUGUUGGACUAAGGAUGGGACAGUAAGGGUACUCUUCUAUUUAACACUGUUUGAUAACUCAUAUUACAUUAGUCAACAAAUGAUCAAGACAGUGGAGGGCGUUAUGAUGAGUUUGGUCGUGACUUGCAUCCUGAGUCACGCAGGGGUAUCUUAGAGGUGAGUGUUCUGUACUUUAUAAGUCCGUCUGUAAGUACAGUCAAGUCUUGUCUAAUGAGCACCUCCAAACCCCUAAACACAGACACUUAGCCAUGGUCCCAGUUAUGUACAAACACUGCAUUUUAAGCCUUCCAUAGACACCUCCACUUGGCAUGAGUGCUCCAACAGUAAAUUUGUUCCUGUGUAAUCUGGACAUUAGCAGGAUCCAAUUUUGUUGUCCAUCUUGAAAAGUUAUAAUAUGCCUCAUUCAGAGUGCAGUUACACUGCAAACCUCUGCUUGAAAGCAUUGUUGUAGUUAAAAUACUUUCUCAUGUUAAAUAAGCCUUUUCCUAGGCUACCUCUGUUAGAACCUUAGCAAACGGCUAACCCCAAUGUUUGAAGUCUGUGUAAAAAUGCUCAUCCGAGUCUUGUUUUUCCAACCCACAACAGUAUUUAUUAAAAUUAUUUUGUCAACUUUUCUUUGAACAAAUGCUCUUUUUUUUUCUUGAUUUGACUUUUCCAUUAAAACGGAUACCUUUCUAAAUCAAACACUUACGGGUCACCAUGGUGCUUUUCCCAGUGGGGUUUCUCUUAGAGUUGACCGUAAUUUUUCGCAAGUGUUCUGUCCUCUUGAGUGCCUUGAUGGGGCAUUUAAAGGGAGCAACUGAGUAACUGUAUCAGCCUUAUUUGGAUUUUCAGAAUUGACAGUUGUCAAACAAACUAAAAAAAUCAAUAUGUGCUGCAGUGGUGCUUUUUUAACGGUGGAGCUGUUUCAAGUAAAGAGUUAUGGCAGGGUGCAAAGGAAGUCACUUUUACAGCCUGCCAUUCGGACAAGCUGAAGCUAACAUUUUCUAACCCAAACAUCAUUUCAACUAGCCCCAAAAACGUUUUGAUGAGCAGAUUGAUUUCACAGUUCCUCUGUAAUUUGGAUUCCUCAAAAAACUUCACUUGCCCGUCGGGCAAGUUAAUAACAGCAUACACUAGCCUGAUAGCCAAACCCACUAGCCCUGGGCUAUCAGACACUACUUUCUUUGCACGCUGUAUGAUAACGUUAUUUUUGUCUAUUUGAAGUUAAAUCCUGUUGAUAACGUACUAACCAAUUUUUUCUGAAGGCUGCAACUAUCUCUCUUUAGGAAAAGGACAAGACUGAUACCAUCAUCAAGGAUGGACAGGAGGAACCAAGUGAGAAGAAGAGGACAUUAGUCCAACACUCACCAGAUAGGCAUGGUUCUCAAUCUCCAGCUGGAACAGAGAAGAAGCCUUCCCCUCGCAAGUCCCUAGAGAGGGAGAGGCAGAGUCAGUCACCUAAACGAAAAAAUUCACAAGAAAGGCGGAGUAAAACACCUGAGAAGAGAAGGCGUAGGAGCAGGUCACACGACAGAAGAGACUCAAGGUCUCCUGAAAGGCGUAGAAAGAGGGAUUACAGGAGAAGCCCAGAUAGAGAUUCAAGAGGUAAUCAUAAUAUUAUUUGUCCACUAGAAAGUCUCCAAUUUAUAAAACAGGUUGUAAUCAUGUUUAAUUGAACUUUCUGUGCAGCACCUUGGCUUAUUUUAAUAAUUAAAAUAAGCCAAGGUACUGGGCAGAAAGUGGAAAAUACCUGUAACUUUUACUGUAAUCCAGAGAUGUUGGGUAUAAUUUUUAUUUUUAUGCUGUGGCUCAAUUUUAUCCUUGGGUUAAAUUUUAAUUCCCUUUGUUUUAAACUCUUCAUUAUACAUUACCAUACCAAAAACAAAGGGAAAUAAAAUUUAAACCAAGGGUAAAAUUGAACCACAACAUAUACACUUGUACCAUUAUGUUUUGUGGUAUGAACUUUUGUAUAAUCUUAUGGACCCAAUGCAAAAAUGGCUGCUUGGUUAAUAAUCUUUUGUUGAAAUUAAAAGUAGCCUGACUAGCUUGCUUGAGGUAAUGUAUUCUUUUGAAUUUUGUACUGAAUAAAUAUAAAUCCAGCAGCCAUUUUUGCGUUGGGUCUAUUGUUGCUUUUCGCUGCCUGUUCUUUUACAAAGACCUCAACUCAUUUAAAUGCACUUUUGAAUUAAUAUAACCUAUAGAUCGUAGACCCAGUAGUGAUUACAGCUUCAGCAGACGGCGGGACCGUGACAGUGAGCGAGAAAGAAACAGAGGUAGGGACAGAGGAAGAGAUCGUGACAGAGAUCGAGAUCGAUGGUAUGAUAGAGACAGAGACAGAGAUCGUGACCACGACCGCGACAGAAAAGAUGAGCGAGCUCCUUCUCCAAGCAGUGAUAAGAAAGUGUUUGUAAAAGGUAAGAUUGCGAAAUUUAAUAGUUUAAAAGUUGCUAACUAAAGGGGUGUUUACAUGACACCAAAGCGACUUUCGUGCCGGCACGAGUUCACUCUGAUUGCCUCUCGUGGCUCUGUAUUUGUUUACAUGAUAACACCACAAAAUGUCAUGCUAGUGUGAGUCACUCCAGCAUGAGUUUACUCAGGUUGUUGUACCAGAGCAAGAGUAUAAAAUUUCACAACAGUAUGAUGUGUACGCAAAGCGACCACUUGUUUUGGUGUGAAAUCGGUCGGCAAGUAGACUGGAAUAGGUAGCGCAUGCAUAAUGUCUGCGAUUUUGGCUCGCUCUUGUAUUUUAUCAACGUGAAAUGUAUCUUCAUAUAAAAGCGAUAUGAAAUGACUCAGUCAACCUAUAAACGCAAUAUGAAAUCAAGAAGUCAUCCCAGUAUGAAACUCGCGCCGGUGCGAGUUUUCCCAUGUAAACACCCCCUAAAAUGAUUAUUGAUUGUAUUCCUUUCCCGAAUCACCCCCUUUCAUUAGUGAAUAUCUUGCAAUGUUGAACAGUGGAUGAAAGGGAAAGGAAAAGAAAAUCACACAUGGCAGAUAUCAUUAAAGACAUGGUUUGACUCUUUAGUGUUUUGAUUGUGUGAAACAUUCUACUGUUAAUCUUAAAUAACUGUGAAACUCGAAAAACCAUUAACACAAGAAAUAUUUCUGGAAUGUUAUUGUGCUGCAAGGAGAAAGCCCUUGGGAUGGGAGAUAACUUAACUGUACUGCAAGCAACCACAUUAAUUAGUUUGCUCGUGUGUCCUGAUCUUUCUUGUGAUUGGUCACAACACAAGCAUUCCUGUAAUAUUUUAGGAGUGCAUGAUUUUCAGAAUUCGACAGUAAUUUAGGAUUUCUAUUGUGUAAUCUCAAAUCGAAUUUAAUGCUCUUCAAGUCUUGGUAAUGUUGAUUGUUCAAUUGAGGCUCAGGUACUUUGUAGUCACUGAAUUUUGCAACAGAUGUGUUGCUGUUCUCAUUCUUUCUGUUUCAACUAAAGUGUAACAUGAAAUGUAUUUCUUGCAUUUCUGAUGAAAAAGUUUCUAAAAUCCCACAAACAACAUACAGCAGAUAAGGAUUCUCCAACCUGACAAUUAGUGGUCAGUAUCAGGAGGAGAAAAUCAUCACUGAUCUUUGGUACUUUGCAAAUCUUGUGUAAGUCACGAGGCAGUUCAGUAGUACUGGCUGUCCUAAACAGAGUAUGACAUGAUUUUCAAACCAUGCCUGAAAUAACGUGAAAAACGUUUGAACAUGUUCUGACGACAGCUUACAAAGUAUUAUUACUGACUCUCACAUGGCACCAGACAAAAACGUUUGACCGGCCACUCGGUUCACCCGUGCCUGUUCAAUAUUCGCGCUCCUUUCACGGAAGUUUGAACGGGAAGACCGGUCUAAAUUUUCGUACGGUCUGAAGGUGGUUCCAUGUCAACAGUUCACCUAAACUUACGAAUUUUCGUCCGAUUCCGUGUCAAGGUAACCUUAGUUUCGCAUAUAUUGUAAAUAGCCCGUAAUUUUUAUUCAAUAAUUUUUCUAUAAUAACGUGGAAUCAAACAAAUUUUGACGGUCAAUUUUUCUCGUGUAUCCAUUCUCUCCUAGCCUCCUCAACUGGCAUGCUAGAGAAACUGCCCCGCCCUGCACGUGCCUUAACAUCUGAGGAAGUUCGAGCCAAGCUAGCAGCCCACGCAGAGUCACUCAGGAAGCAAGCACAAGAGGCAGCUUCAGUGCUGAACCUUCCCAGCUAUAUCAACCCAUCAGUUGUUAACCCGCACCAGUAUGCUGUACAGCAACAGAAAAGAAAAUUACUAUGGGGCGGAAAAAAGACUGAGGUAUGCAGACAGACAUGUCAUUGCUUAUAAGAGAAGUCCAAAACACACAGCAAGAAAACCCAUUUUGCUUGUACAGAUUAUACAGGUUUAAUUACAUUUCCACAUUCUUAACUGAUCUCCUAAUCUCUGUAGGAAUCUGUCAAACUGAAUAACAAUUUUACAAAGGUUAGGGUACACAAAAAAGCGUGAGGAAAAGUGAAACUUACGCCAUGCCGGGCUCUUGAUCUAUGAUGCUUACAUAAAGUAAUAAAGCAAAACAUGGGUGCCCGCUGUACACUACAAAUCUUAAGACAUUAAAAAGACCUUACUAACACAUUUGACCGCAAUGGACAUUCUUUCUCGGUGUAAAAAUCGAAGAUGGCGGCCAUGUCACUGCGAACAUAAACGAGGCCUCUCAUGGGUGUUAAGCACCUGUCGCUCGCCCAAAGAAUACGCAGGCAGGCUAAAAACCUUACACACAACAGUCACUUGAACAUUUUGCGGAAUACUUGGCCACCUCUAAGCUAUACCCCUAAAACAAUGGCUGCGGGGCUACGUGGCUAAGCGGCUACGCGUGGUCGUUGUUUUAGGGGUAUGGCUUGGAAGUGGCCGGGUAUUCUGCAGUUAAGCCGAUUUUACUGUGCCACGCGCACAUGUGGUGCUUUUUUCUGCCGGGUCAGAAAGAAAGGCCCCCAUCCGCUUAGAAACAGCGACUCGCAAUAAGCAGCACAUGUAAGGGUUGAUUUCCAGUGUCGCGUAAUUUUUACGUACGUUCGUGCGUAAGAUUUAGGUUCGCAAAUAGAAUAGAGGCAAUGGAUGAAAGGUCGCUCGUAAGCGUAAAAGUUGAACCUCGCUCAACUUCUCGUUUAACCUCAGCACUUUUUAUCUUGCCUCUAUUUUAUUUACGUGAUUAAAAUUUACAUGCGUUAACAUGCGUAGCCAAAAACGCGCCAGUGGAAAUCACCCUUAAGAGUAAAAAAUUCCUCUUUUUUAUAUAUCAGAAUGAGAGUAGUAGCAGUAGUAGUGGCCCGAGCAAGCCGACCAUGUGGAACACUACAACUUUUAAUAAUGACCAAGGAGGUGAGAUGCAAGCUAAAUUCCGGCGUCUGAUGGGUAUCAAAGGUGAUGGAAGCAGCAGCACCGGUGAUCAAGAAGGACCCGCUCAGCCUGCUCAGAGUGAAAAACUUAUGGCAGAUCUGGAGGCAGAGUUUGAACGAUCGCGCGCCUUUCAGUUAUCAAGGGGUGCUGGAGGCAAAAGUGGAAUCGGACUUGGUUAUUCAGGCACAUAG